AUGAUAAAAGAUUUACUUAAAGGAUCAAUUAAUCAUAAACAUGAAGAUAUAGAAUAAAAAUAUCUUUCUAAACUACCAAAAGAACAAUAAUAACCAAAAAUAGUGAUUCAUUAGCAUCUUGAUGAGGAACUAAAGCCACUCACAAUGAUUAAUCAAUCAGUGAGCUAAUUAAACGGAGUAAAAGGUGUUUAUAUUAGAGAGAUAUUUAUGCUCAGCAAUAUGUUUUCGUGGAAUACAUCAAAUGUUUUUGAAAUUCAUGAAGCUGAUUCAAGUGGCAAAAGACUAGAUCCUAAUUCAUAACCCAUACUUUAUGCAGUCGCAAAGCUUUAAGAGUGUUGUACUUGCGAUUGUUCAGUUAUGGGUACUAGUUAGAUUGCUAUAACAACUAAAUUGGAUGAUGUUUCAAGCAAUACUCCUUACCUUUUCUUAAAAGAAAAAAAUGUUUGCUGCGGCUUUAAUACUUGUGAUAUCUUUAUAAAUGAAAAAGGAAACGGUACAUUAAUAGGGAACAUAAAAGAGGGAUGCAGAAAUGCUUUGUAUGUUAAUAGUAGCUAUUUAAAUAAUCUUUCAUUUUAUUUACCUCUUUGCUAAUGCUAAUGUAAUUAAUCCUCUUAUCAAGUGUAAGAUGCUGAAAAUAAUAAAGGAAUAUUAAAUCUUAAACUUAAUUGUUGUGAUUGUAAUAAUCCAUAUACUUAUGAGGCAGGUUUUCCUCCAAAGUAUGACACAGACUAAAAUACUCUAUAUUUAGCAGCUGUAAUCUAUUUAGGCUACAUAAAUUAUCAAUCAAGAUAAAAAUCGAAUAAUAGCAGUAGUAGCUCUAGGCACAAAUGA